AUGAUGUGGAUUGCAAAGUACGAAGUGCUUGCUGGAAGUAGACGAGCCAAAGUUAAAAGAUAUUUUCACACUCAGAUGGAAAGGGACGUGGCUCGAGUAGCACUUUUGCCAAGCGUUGCAUCCGUAUCGGAAGACUUCUUGGGAAGUGAGCUGAGAGUGAUUUGUGUUUCCGCAACGGCAGCCAAAACUGCUGUUGAGAAGGCAUGUAAGGCGCCUGUUUCAUUGAAGGGAGAAGUAGUAAUUUUCAGUUUGUAG